UAUGAGACAUACGCUGUGUCGGUCCUAACGAUCAUUUAUUCACCAUUGAAUUUUACUAUAUUUCUCUUUCUAUUGUUUUCAAACAUAAGUUAUCAAGUUAUAUUUUGCUUAAUUUUUGGAAAUCAAAUUCUUUUAAGUCUUUUUUUAUGAUGUAGGUACAUACUACAAGGAUAUUAACAUUAGUAGAUUAGUAUUAUAAAUUCGGGUAAAAUGUAACGGUAAACUAUUUUUUUUCGGAACGCAACACGCCAAACUCCGCCAGAGACCUUUCUUUCAAAAUGACAGCUUGAUUUGGUUUGGUUUCCGCUACUGUACUGUUGUGCUAUUUUUCGAUUUUUAAUAGGAAAAUCCAAAGAAAAUGUCGAUUUCUACUGCUACAGAUGAACGCACAGAAGGUGAUGAUGACACCUCACAAGGAAGCCACCCAAAAGAAGACAGUAGUGACUCUGAAAAUGAGACUGAGCCUCAAAAUCAAAAUGGAGGCUCUCCCGCACCAGAAGUUCAUGAAAUUACUAGUGAUGAUGAUGAGGAAGAGGGGGGUGUAACAAAUGAAGAUGAUUCCUCCAACUCAAGUACAGUAAGUAAUGAUAGUUCAGAAGGAUCCCAACACAGUAGUAAGGAAACAGAGAAGAAAGACAUUGAACAUUUAGAAGAGAAUGGUGCUGAUGAGUCUGAUAUUGAAGAAAUUGCUAUGGAGGAUCCAUUAAACCAAACACAAAGCAUUAACAAACCUAUUGUGAUAAAUGAUACAAAGUGUUUGGUCAACUUAGCUUCUAAACAGACUAAACCAAAUGGGGAUCAGAAUAAAGAGCCUACAGUUGUUAUUAUUGAUACAAAUUCAAUACUUGCUGGCAAAGGGCCUCUCCCGUUGCAAAGCAAAAUGCAUACAACUACUACUACUAGUAUGAUGGAUCAACAGGACUUGUGCCAAAGCAUUGCUGCUCGGGGCACUACUAUCACACCAGUUAGUAAUAAGACUGCAAAUCAGAACAGUGCUCAUAAUAGUACUCCUGCAGCUCCACCUCCCAACAUACUGCCAUCUCUCACAGAUGAUAUGUUUGUUGUUGAAGCACCAUCCUUCAUUGUUCCAUAUGUUUAUGAGAAACCUUCUCUAAAGCCUUUUAGAGAAUUUGUGGACAAGCUUGGUAAAGAGCUUGAAGAACUCAAAAUUAAAGAAGAACAGGAAAAAGCAGAGAAGGAAAAGAUUGAGAGGGAAAGGAGAGAUAAAGAGAGGAAGGAAAGAAUUGAAAGAGGAGAAAUAGAGGAAGAUGAUGAGGUUAAGGAGUCCAGAAAACUAGAAGUUGCACAAAAGAAAGAGAAAAAACAAGGAUGGAAACGCACUGAUGAUGAUGAUGAUGAUUCUUGGGACGGUGAAUCAUCCUCUGAGUCAGAGGAAGAAGCUCUCAGUGAUGAUGAUGCUGUAGUAAUUAAAGAAAAAGAGGACAGUGACACCACCGACCCAAUCAGCCUUAUUGCCAAAAGCCUUUCAAGUGGAAAGCCAGACAGUUACUUUGAUUGUUCAUUAGGACAAUUUUUUAUUAACAUUGGACUGAAUUUAGUGCAAGAGUAUGUUCAAACUGAUUUAUUAAAGCAACAACAGCGCAAGCUCUAUAAAGAGAAGAAAUCAGGACGCAGUACCAAGUCAACGGAGGCUGCAAUUGCAUCUUUGUCUCAGAACUUAGAUUUCAGCAAGAAAACAAAUGCACCAUUUGCUCUUUCACACAGAAGGUGUGAUUUUUGUAGUUUUAAAACUGAAUCUAUGUUAGUUAUGGCUCAUCACCUUGAAGCACCUCACAUGAGAAGUAACAUAUACAAGUGUAAUUCAUGUGAGUUUGAAAUACGAAGUCCUCAUGAUAUAUUGUUCCAUAUGGAGGCAGAACACAAUAUUAGGGGCAGAUUGGAACGGGCUCCUGCAUACCAGCAAUGUGCUAACUGUCAUUUUGAAGACAACAGUAAAACAAAACUGGCUCGACAUUUGAUUGCUUGUGCUAAAAAAUUCAAGCCAGAAUUUAACUUAGGACCUCCUCUAGAAUGGGAACCCCCAGCAAAAAUACCAAAGUUAACCAGAGCACGCAAUAAUAUGAUGAGUUCUUACCAAUCAAAUUAUAAUAGACCUAAUAUGAAUAACAUGGGCAGGCCUCAAUUGAACAUUACAAAUGCCUUGCCUAAUAUGCCCAUGUUGGGAAGACCGCGAGGUCGUCCUCCCCUUUCAGGUCCACCACGUCCUUCUGCUGUGUCAGGAAUGCCAAUAAUAAGGAGUGGUGUCAUGAUUAUGCAUAAUACUCCACCUGGAACGACAAUCUCCAACUAUCCAAUCGUAAAUAAUCAAAGCAAUGCACCUGCCGCCCCUAAAAUAUCAAUCACUCCUUUACCUCGAGCCCCACAGCCUUCUUCCUCACAAUCAGCUCACAAUUCUAAAGCCACUUUUGUCAUCUGCGAAAUAUGUGAUGGUUAUAUUAAAGACUUAGAGCAGCUAAGGAACCACAUGCAGUGGAUACACAAAGUGAAAAUACACCCUAAGAUGAUAUAUAACAGGCCACCAUUGAACUGUCAAAAAUGUCAAUUUAGGUUUUUUACAGAUCAAGGCUUAGAGAGGCACCUCCUUGGUUCCCAUGGUUUGGUAACAAGUUCAAUGCAAGAAGCAGCAAACAAGGGUAAGGAUGCAGGUAGGUGUCCCGUGUGUGGCAGAGUGUAUCAGUGGAAACUCCUUAAUCAUGUGUCAAGGGAUCACAACAUGACACUGAAACCAGCCCAUUUAUCGUACAAAUGCACGGUGUGUACUGCCACUUUUGGUAUGUAUAAGCAGUUUGAGAAUCAUGUAUAUUCGGCUCACAGCGUCGUAGCCAAACGUGUUAUGGACAAGACUAAGACUACUACUCCUGCAAGCAAACCUGCUGACUCUGAAUCACUUCUUAAACCCUUAAAAAUUAGUGAUGAGAUCACAAUCAUACCGCAGCCUGCAAAGUCAUCACUAACUAUUACUGCUAAGGGUAAAUAACAUAGGUGUUAAUGAAUCUGAUGACUUUGAGAGGAAAGGAAGUAAUCACAUUUUAUCAGUGGCUUAUUGGAGCAGUAUUUUGUAAAUAAAAUUAAAACUGUACCGACCGUAUUUAAAAUGUUAAAUGUUUGAAAGUUGACGGUAAUAUUAGAGGGAUAAAUGUAGACAUAAGUGUGAAUGAUUUGUUUGUAAUAAAAAUUAAGUGAAUUUAAAUGUAAGUUGUAUAUUGAAAUGUGUAAAAUAAUUACAUAAACCAAUAAUCAAUAGUAUAACCGUAUUGUAUCUUGUAGCUUGUUAUCAUCAUUUAAAAUAUUUAAGAAUAGCGUGCAAUGCGAUGAUUCGAAUGUCACAAAUCCAUUGCUAUUAAAUUAUUAUAGAUCUGUCAACCCUUCCUGUUAAUAAAAGUUGCUGGAUUUACAUUAAUUUCAUUACUGUGUUUUUAAAUGUUAUUUAUUUUAAUACAUAUAUUGUUAUUAUAUUAUUAGAAAUCACUAAUUUACACUCUUUAAUAGAACACAUGAUACAUUAUCGUAAUAAAACGAUUCUAUACUUAUUGUAAAUUUGCCUAAGUAGACUUUCCAUUUCCUUUGUAAAUCACUUAAGAUAAGUAAGUUAGCCUUGAUUAGUUAUAGAGAAGUAUAAAAAUAUAUGUACUAAUUUCUCGCAAAUUACGGAAAUCACGAUAGACUACCGAGACUGGGAAACCAGUUGAAUAUUUUCUGAUCUCUGGUUAAACGGGCUAGUGUUGAUUUCGUAAUGCUGUACUUAUACAGAAAACAGAAACCUGAAAAUGUAUUUUUUUUAUUUAAAUAAAAGACCAUUAUAACUAAUAA